GGGAUGGUGUCCUGGAGUCCUGCUCACUCCUCACUGUUUCCCUGCAGGUGGGACUGGGGCCUCACUCGAGUGUGCCAGGGGCUGUGUGUGACAUUGUGACAUCCCACCCCAAUGGCAGCCCCUGCCAGGCCGGUUGUGGCCCCCACUGAGGCCACCAGCCAGUUCUCCUGCUCAGUCCAGCUCACUUGGACCAGAAGAGCCCAUGAGGGGCUCAGCGUGUGCUCAGAGGCUCAGGCUGCAAAAGCUGAGCCUUUCCCAGUCCCACUCCUAAACCACCACAGCACAAAUGAGAUUAAAUUCCCUCUGAGGGGAUUUCCUGGCUGUGGGAAUUUACUCCUGGUUGCAGCAUCACUGAAAUUAAAACUCCUUCCCUCCCUGGCCUCAGGAGAGCUGCAGCCAGGUCAGGUUAAUGCCUGGCUGGGCUGGCAGUGCCCAGGGUGGUACCCAGCACCUGCCAGAGCAGACAGGCAGGCAGUUAAUGGGGGAUGUGGGCUUUCCUGCUCGCUCCCCUUACCUUUUCCAAGCCCAGGAAACAUCUGUAUGGAGGGACAAGCUUCUCAUCUUGUCUUUUCCACUUGGUGCCUCUUCUUCCACUAUGGAUGCACAGAGUACUGCAGCCCCUGAAAAAAAUUCCUCCAGGAGCCCUGGAUGAUGCCCUGAGCUGCUGGGUCCCCUUCAGAGCCCAUGAGGGAUGGGCACAACCUCACAGCUGCCCCAGCAGCUCCACGUGCCUGGCAGCGCCGGGACAGGCAGGGCAUCCUCAGCCGGUGGCCUCCCAGCACAAGGGCAGCAGCUGACACUCACAGACAUUCAAGGCAUCUUUCAGAGCAAAAAAGAGACUUUUUCAUCCUGCUGAGGCCCAGCAAACUCCUGCCCCACUGCUUUGCCAUCUUGAAGCUGGGUGUCCAGUGUGUGGCUUCAUUUCACAGUGGGCCUCAUCUGCCAGAGGAAGCAAGGAAUUAAAGCAGAGUCCUUCCUGCAGAGGAGUCAGUGGAUGUUCCAGGGCCUCCGGUUUGCAGACCCAGAGUCCUUCCUGAAGUCCGCGCGCCUGCAGCGCCUGCCCUCGUCCUCCUCGGAGAUGGGGAGCCAGGACGUGUCCCCUCUGCAGGAGACCAGCAAGGACCCCUUCUCAGGAGACUGCAGCUGCCGCCAGGACGGGCUCACCGUCAUCAUCACCGCCUGCCUGACCUUCGCCACGGGCGUCACCGUGGCCCUCAUCAUGCAGAUCUAUUUUGGGGACCCUCAGCUGUUCCACCGCGGCGCCGUGGUGACGGACGCGGCGCGCUGCACGGCGCUGGGCACACACGUGCUGGCCCGGCACGGCUCCUCGGUGGACGCCGCCAUCGCCUCGGCCCUGUGCGCCGGCAUCGUCAACCCGCACAGCUCGGGGCUGGGAGGGGGCGGGGUGAUGCUGCUCCACGACAUCCGCAAGAACAGGAGCUGGGUGAUCGACUUCCGUGAGGUGGCUCCGCUGGGCACCCCGCUGGAACGGGACCUGCAGCAGGACACCAAGCCAGGUCUGCUCGUAGGGGUGCCAGGCAUGAUCCUAGGAAUGCACCAGGCACACCAGUUACAUGGCAGGCUCCCCUGGUCCGAGCUGCUGGGCCUCACGGCCGAUGUUGCCCAGAAUGGCUUUAAUGUCACACAUGACCUGGCCAGAGCCCUGAGUGAGCUGAAGGAGCUGAACCUGUCGGAGCGGUUCCAGGAGCUGUUCCUGCCCGGGGGGCAGCCCCUGCUGCCCGGGAUGUUCGUGCGGCGCCUGGACCUGGCGGCCGUGCUGCAGCUGCUGGGGGCACAAGGGGUGGCAGCCUUCUACAGCGGGAACUUGACCCAGGAGAUGGUCUCUGAGGUCCACAGCCACGGAGGAGUCCUGGUGGAGGAGGAUUUCAGCAAUUACAGUGUCACUGUGGAGGAGCCUGUGCACACAACCUAUCGAGGGCACCUGGUUUUCACCCCCCCACCUCCACACGCAGGUCCUGCACUGAUCUCAGCACUGAACAUCCUCGAGGGCUUUAACAUCACAAGGCAAGGAUCCAGAGGGAAUAUCUUGCACUGGAUGGUGGAGACACUAAAAAUAGCCCUGAGUCUGGCAAGCAACCUGGGAGACCCAUCUGGUGACGUGUCUGUCACUCACACAGCAGAAGGCAUGGUGAGUAAAUCAGAAGCCAAUUCCCUGCGCCAGCUGAUCAAUGACUCCCAGUCCUUCCUGUCCAUGCCUGCCUCCCCCCCGGAGAGCGAAACCGCUGCCAGCCAGGUCCUGGUCAUGGGCCCUGAUGAUUUCAUCGUCGCCGUGGUCAGCUCUUUGAAUCGUCCCUUUGGCAGUGGAAUAGUAACACCCUCUGGAAUCCUCCUGAACAGCCAGAUGUUGGACUUCUCCUGGCAAAAUCAAACAAUGAACCACUCCAUUCCCAGGCCGCCCAACGCGGCUCAGCCCGGGAGGCGGCCGCGCUCCUUCCUGCUGCCCACCAUCGUCAGGCCCUCGCAGGGCAUGUGCGGCACCUACCUGAGCCUGGCAGCCAACCACGGCGACAGAGCCCUCAGCGGCAUCGUGCAGGUUUUGGUAAAUGUUUUAACGCUUAACAAGAAUCUGAGUGAAAGUUUGUCACUUGGUCGGCUUCACCCCCAGCUUCAGUCCAACACCUUGCAGGUUGACAGUGAGUUUCCUGAAGAAGAUAUUGCAUUUCUUGUGGCCAGGGGCCAUCAGGUGGAUAAAGUCCCAGUGGUGUCCCUGGUGCACGGGGCCAGGAGAACCAACAGUUUCAUCAUUGGCCUGAAGGACCCCAGGAGUGCAGAUGCUGCUGGAGCCACAAUCUUGUAGCAGCUCCCAGGGCAGUGGGCUGUGGCAAGGCUGACACACAACCCUGUGAUGUGCAUGUUCUGCAGUGGCCCCUUCCCCAGCCCCCACACUGCUGGGAAGGUGUUCUGCCCUCCCCAGAGGAGCCAGCAGCAGCAACAUUCAGCUCUCUUUUUAUUUUUCAGUCCUUGGGCCUGGUUACAGGAGUGGCAGGAACACUUUUCUUUUGGCAGUCUUGCUAAUCGUUCAGUCUUUCCAAAGCUCAGUUCUAGCCAGCAUUUUACUUUUAGGGGUCAGGAACAUGAGCAAGGGAAAAAACAGCUGCUGUUAUUAUUGAUGGUGAUUAUCCUCAUCUCCCUGUCUUUCCCAAGCUCCUUCUUUGCUUCCAGUGCAAGCCAGUAAUUAAUAGAGCCUGGUGGAAUGUUU